UAUUCAUUGGCACAAUCAUCUAAAUUUGACAUAAUGCACACCAUUCCUCCAAUAUCGUUUGUCUUCGUUUUGUCUCUGACUAUCUCAAAAAUAAAUAUUACCAAAUAAGCAUCUCUGCCUAGCUCAAUCCUCCAUUAAUUCCCUUACCCUAUUCCAAUUAAAUCAUUAGUUUCAUUUCAUAAUUCCCAUCUCAUGGCCAUCUCAAACAAUAAUCAUCAUGCUCUAGUCCUUGUUUCACCAGGAAUGGGUCACAUAAUCCCUGCCCUAGAACUUGCCAAGCGUUUAGUCACUCACAAAAUCAUUUCCAAACUCACCUUCUUUUAUGGUUCAAUCAAAACCUCUACUCCAUCAAAAGCUGAGACACAAAUUCUCCAAUCAGCCAUAAAGGAAAACCUUUUCGAUCUAAUUCAACUCCCCCCUAUUGAUCUCACCAUCCAUGUUAGUCCUCAUGACACCUUAGAAACCAAACUAGCAAUUAUAAUGCAUGAAAUCCCACUACUUUUUAUGUCCACAAUAUCCACCAUGAACCUCAACCCAACCAUGAUCAUCACUGACUUCUUCUUCAGCCAAGUUAUACCUCUAGCCAAAAACCUAAACCUACCCAUAUUUGCUUUUGCACCAACCAAUUCAUGGCUCGUCGCACUUGGUCUUCACACCCCCACUUUGGAUAAAGAAAUAGAAGGAGAAUAUAGCAAUGAAAGCAAACCGAUCCCAAUCCCAGGUUGCAAAUCCGUUCACCCCCUUGAUUUGAUUCCUAUGAUGCAUGACAGGACACAAAGGAUCUACCAUGAAUUUGUUGGCGCGUGUGAAGGGGCAGCACUUGCUGAUGGGAUCUUUGUUAACACGUUUCAUGAGUUGGAGCCAAAGACACUUGAAGCACUUGGUAGUGGACACAUCAUUGCCAAGGUGCCCGUGUACCCGGUUGGGCCUAUAGUAAGGGAUCAAAGAGGCCCUAAUGGUAGCAAUGAGGGAAAAAUAAGUGAUGUUUUUGAGUGGCUGGACAAACAAGAAGAAGAGUCUGUUGUGUAUGUGUCACUUGGGAGUGGAUACACAAUGUCAUUUGUGGAAAUGAAAGAGAUGGCUUUGGGGUUGGAGCUGAGUGGAAAUAAAUUUGUUUGGUCUGUGCGUCCACCUGUCACCAAAGCUGGCACCGGCAACUAUCUCACAGCAGGUGCACCUCUUGGAGAAACCGGAACUACCCUUGGGUCUAAUAAUGAACCAUCAAAUUCUUUUCCUGAUGAGUUCUACCGCAUACAAACCAAUGGAAUUGUGAUCACAGAUUGGGCACCACAAUUGGAUAUUUUGAAGCACCCAUCUAUUGGUGGUUUUGUGUCUCAUUGUGGGUGGAACUCAUUAAUAGAGAGUGUUUCAUGUGGGGUGCCAAUAAUUGGAUUGCCUCUUUUUGCAGAGCAAAUGAUGAAUGCUACGAUGCUAAUGGAGGAAGUUGGCAAUGCAAUUCGAGUAGAGGUGUCACCAUCUACCAAUAUGGUUGGAAGGGAGGAGUUAUCAAAAGCAAUAAGGAAGAUAAUGGAUAAGGAUGACAAAGAAGGGUGUGUAAUGAGAGAAAGGGCUAAAGAGCUUAAGCACUUAGCAGAAAGAGCUUGGUCUCAUGAUGGUCCUUCUUAUUUAGCACUUUCAAAAAUCACUCACUCAAAUGGGAUGUGAUAACUCAUUUGUGGUGGUUAAAAUAAAUACUCACUUUGGUAAAAGGAAAUUCUAUUCUAGAAUAAACAAUCAUUAUUACUGCUUUGUUUGAAAUUUUAUGAUUUAAUUUUAUUCCUUACAAACUA